AUUUCGUAGGUUGAUGCUCACGUGUAUGAGUAACUGAUGUUUUAUGUACAUAUUUUUAUUUAUCUCUGAGAAAUUGUUAUAUUCAUACACAUAUGAUAUCCAGAAAUCGGAUAGACCAAUAUAAGAGAAAGUUUAUAAUUUACGACUAGCAUGCAGUUAUUUAAUCUUGAUAUUUAAUACGCGUUUUUUAUUCAUUGAUAAUGUAAUAUUGGAAAUAAUUAAUUUUAUUAUCAAGAGAAAUAAUGGAAGAAGGAGCAAUGUUAUGGAUGCUCAGUCUUGUUAUGCUGGUUGGAUCAUGUUUGGCUGGAUCAUUACCAUUGGUCAUGAAUUUGUCGGAAGACAAAUUACAAUUAGUAUCUGUAUUAGGAGCAGGUCUUCUUGUUGGAACUGCAUUAGCAGUAAUUAUACCUGAAGGUAUAAGAGCUUUAUUUACUAGUGAAAUCACUAAUGAAAAAGACUCGUACAGUGACUUACAUUCUUUAAUUGGAAUUAGUUUAGUACUUGGUUUUGUAUUUAUGCUUUUAAUCGAUCAGUGUUCAGCAAGAAAAACUGACGGAAGACAAAAGAGUAUUACAGCAACUUUAGGUCUUAUAGUACAUGCAGCAGUUGAUGGAGUAGCAUUAGGAGCUGCUGCUACUACAUCUCAAGCUGAUGUUGAAGUGAUAGUUUUUUUGGCAAUAAUGUUGCACAAAGCACCAGCUGCAUUUGGACUUGUAUCAUUCCUCCUUCAUGAAGGUGUAGAUAAAAAGAAGAUAAGUAGGCAUUUAUUAAUUUUUUCUCUUGCGGCACCAUGUCUUGCACUUGUAACAUAUUUUGGAAUUGGAAAAGAAGGAAAAGAAACACUGAGCAGUGUCAAUGCAACUGGUUUGGCUAUGUUGUUUAGUGCUGGAACAUUUCUUUAUGUAGCCACUGUACAUGUUUUGCCAGAAUUGAUGACAAGGAACAGUAAUUACUUACAUGUGCCAAAUCUUGAUGGUACUACACUUUCUACAACUGGGCUCAAAGUUAAAGAAAUAUUAUUCUUAGUAAUAGGAUCAUUUUUACCUGCUUUGAUUACUACUGGCCAUCAUCAUUGACUAAAUAAAGUAUAUUUGAGAUAUUUAUCA